CCCAGGAGGGGGCGCGGCUUGGGCCGGGAGGUGGAGCCGAUGGAGGAGCCGCAGCAGCCGGCCGAGGAAGCGGAGGCCGCCGGCGGGAGGCUGGCGCUCCGCUUCCAGCGCGCCUUCCUGGCCGGCAGGCGCCUGGCGGAGUUCCCCUGGCAGGAUCUUGAAGAGAUUCUAAAGGAUUCAGGAGAUCCUUCAUCACUGUUGGCCAUUUUGCAGAAGACUGUUCUUCACCCGCUGUGCUCGAAGUAUCCUCCCUCAGUCAAGUACAGGAGAUGUUUCUUAUCGGAACUCAUUAAGAAGCAUGAAUCUGUAGGUGCUGAACCUCUGGAUGAGCUAUAUGAAGCACUAAGGGAUGUCUUAACUGCAGAAGAAUCUACACAUUGCUAUAAAAACUAUUUAUUGCCCUCAGGAGACGCCAUCACACUCUGUGAGAGCGUGGCGAUCAUUUCGCGGGGAACCACAGGCCUCGUCACGUGGGAUGCUGGACUUUACCUGGCUGAGUGGGCGUUUGAGAACUCCGAAGUCUUUGGUAACCGGAAUAUUUUGGAACUGGGGAGUGGAAUCGGCCUGACAGGAAUCGCAAUCUGCAAAACUUCCUUCCCCCAGGCAUACACGUUCAGCGAUCACCACCAGUGCGUUCUUCAGCAGCUGUCAGAGAACAUCCGUUUGAAUGGCUUUCUCCUGGAGCCUGAAGCUGGCUGUCAUGGCGCAUUAGAAUGGAAAAACCAGAAGGUAGAGCUUGCCGGAGUUCAGGCCCCAAACAUAACUGUGGCUGAACUGGAUUGGAACUGUGUCACAGCAACACAACUCUCCGCGUUUCGAGCGGAUGUCGUCAUUGCUGCAGAUGUGGUAUAUGAUCCAGAGCUGACACAGUCCUUUAUUGCUGUCCUGAGAAAACUUUCCACUUGCAAGGACAAUGAGAAACUCCCAGACGUCUACAUUGCCUUCACUAUUCGAAAUCCAGAUACUUAUCGCCACUUCCAAAGUGAACUUGAUAAGUUCGGGAUCAGAUGGCAAGUUGUUCCUGGCCCCCAGAAGAACCUCUUCCCUUACGACCGGCAUGCUACCAUAACCAUUCUAAAACUGCUCGUUUAAGUGUUUUAAAAACAAAAGUAAACCAAGCCCUAUAUGGAUUCAGCACUAUAUGUGAGCAUUAACAGAGGAUCCAAUUAUCAUAUAGUAAUAUUUUAAUAUAAUCAUAAUAAAACUAUGUGUUUCAAAGACUGUGCAAUUGCAUAAGUUGUAAUAAUACUGGAUCAAUAAAAAAUAGAUCUGUGUGUUUCAAUAAAAUUUAUACAAAAUCAUCAUUAAAAUAGUCUCUCUAUCCAACUGAGAGUUCAUUUCGAAGACAUCUUAUUGCUGGUUUUAAGCUAAGAGACUACUCAUAUGGGGGAAAAGAGUAUGUAAUGGCAUAAAAUAUUUAUGCAUGUAAUUGCAUAAAAACUUAUGCAAUUACACAGUCUUUUAAACACAUGGCUUUAUUAUGAUUAUAUUGAAAUAUCAGUAUAUGAUACUUGGAUUCUCUGUUAAUGCUUGCAUUAAGUGUUUUAAAACUCUGAUGUUCUAAUCAGAAGCAUUUCAACCAGUUAAACAAUCACUGCAGUUGGCAAUAUCUGUGUCUUAAGAGAAGUUUGUUUGUUGUACUGAAAAAGACUCUGACUAUCCCAUCAUAAUGUUUACCAGGUGAACUGUGCAGGUAUAUGAACAAGUUCUACCUAUACAGUAGUUUAAAAUCUUAAAUGGUUUAAUCUCGUGUGUAUAUAUUAUACUAGUAAAUCAGGGCUUUCACUUUGCAAGCAUAUCAGUGUCUCAUUGCACUGACUCCAGACUUUUUCUCUGUGAGGUAUAAUUCUCCUUCUUAGCUCAAUGUCUUACCCAUGCACUCAGAGUGGAGUGUAUGUGUAAGACACUGAGCUGAGAAGGAGAUCUGCAUUUCAUAACAGGGGGAUUAUACUUCACAGAGAAAAGUCUAGAGUCACAGUGCAACGAGACAUUGAUAUGCUUGCAAAGUGCAAGCCCUGAAAUGUGGGACAUUCCUGCUUUUUGUUACUAAAUGGGACAGUUUCUUUCGGGUUACUUGAGAGAGCGCCUUGUCCCAUAUGUUCCUACCUGUACCUUAAGAUCUUCUUCGGACGCCCUGCUCCAGAUGCACUCCCCGCCUGCAGGACCGGGUUCGCCCCUGCCGAAUGAGGUGACCCAGGUAGCUACUAGGAGAGGGCCUUUUCGGUGGUGGCACCCUGUUUAUGGAAUAGCCUCCCCAGUGAGGUUUGCCUGGCUUCAUCACUUUGUUCUUUUAGACGCCUGGUAAAGACCUUUCUGUUCACCCAGGGCCUUUGAAACUCAGGUUUUUAGAUUCAAUCUGGUUUUUAACUGAUCUUAAAAUGAGUUUUUAAUGCUGCUUUGUGUUGUAUUUUCUUUCCACCUUUUUUGACUGUUAUGAUUUAAUGUGUUGUAUGUAUGAAUCCUCUGCUGUGAGCCACCCAGAGAAAAACUUGUUACGGGGCAGCCAACAAAGUUUGUUAUUAUUAUAAACAUAAACCAUA